GCGCGCCUUUUCGGGUUUCUCCCGCCCUCCUGAAUGGGAUUUCAGCUUCUUAGGAAGGAUUUCCAUUCUUCCAUUCGCGCUCUUCGAGGGAGGCGGAAACAACAACUCCCCCAGGCACUGAGGCAUUGGAACCGCAGCCUGAGCCCGUGGAGAAGCGCGGCAAAAAACCUGGCCGUUUUCUCGACGUAAACGUCCCCUUGGGUUCCUCCAGCCGUCACGCAAUCAUUCCGGCGUCAACUUGGCGGGUUCCCUUCCUCCUUACUUUUUCGGCGGCUGGAAAGACACACCUGAUCGGAUCAUAUAACGCUCUCCGUUUGGGACUGCGUCGGACCUCUUUUCUUUCGGGGGCGAUGUGGAAGGCCGCUUUUAAGAUUCAGCCCACGGGGCGAGCUAGGAGACCUGUGUGAAGACGUUUGACAGAAAGAGAUCCUGGAACUGGACGUGCGAAGCGUGUGUGUGAGGGGACAAAUAAACGACACUGCCACCUUGAACCGAGCUAGUGACCCGGCGCCAGAUCUCAGACCCGGGGCUGCGCCCGCUUGGGAUCGUGCAGUUACUGUGGCAAAAGGGGCUGGAGACGAGGCGUGUGAGAGAAAUCCUCAAGGGGUGGGGAAAAUAAUCCUCCUAAAGGACACGCGAUCUGCCGCCUCAUCAGGACGUGGGCUGGCUUGAGUUUUCCCCCCUGCCUGCUCCAGCUAGGCAAAUUCCCUGCGCGUGGAUGGAAGAAGAGUGAGAUCGCGUCGAGUCGCCCGCUUAAAGAAGAACAGAGCCCGCCGGCGCGCCCGCCAGCCAGCGACCUGGAGAAGUAAGAGCAUACGGGCUGGGCUGAAGGAAGAAUGUUCAGGCUCUUUUCUCGGGAAUGAGAGGAGAAUGGAGGGAGGCAAACUGGCCGAAAGUGUUCCUGUGUGUUGAAAGCAAAGCAAACUAACCAGAAAUGGAAUAACAGAGUGGGGGAUCUCUCUGCACCACUCCGGAGUUGUUGUUUUAUUCGCUGUGGGUGGACCAGGGCGUCGCUGAACAGUCAAAGGGCGGAGAGCGCGCAGGGCUGCGGGGCUACCUUCCAUUUUCAGAGGGACAAAAGAGAGAGGGAAAGUGGUGUUUCUUCUCCACCCCCUUUUCUCCCGCGUCCUGUAGGAUUGUGAUUUGGAAAUCGUGCAAGCAGAUCCAGCACAAGACCCGGUCCCACUCCCAAAUUCUCUUCUCCGAUUUGUCUCCUGAUUUAUUUCCUAGCUGAGAAGUGUGGGAACUCCUGUCCGAAGAAUAUUUAGCACUAUAUGUUUAUACAUACAUAAAAGAGAAGCUACCUGAGAACAACCUCUUCUCCCCUCUGCGCCCCCCCCUCCAUACCACUGAAUGCUGCAGGCGAAUUUGGAAUUUGUGAGCGAUGCAAGUCCGAUAAGGCUGGAGUUCCCUUCCGGGACCUGAAGGAGGAUCACUAGGUGGUUCCUUAAGGAAGCGGGUCUGCAGGAUGAAUAAAAGAUAUUUACAGAAAGCAACAAAAGGAAAACUGCUAAUAAUAAUAUUUGUUGUAACACUGUGGGGAAAAAUAGCAUCUGGGGCAAACCAUCACAAAGCUCACCAUGUUAAAACUGGAACUUGUGAAGUGGUGGCUCUCCACCGAUGUUGUAAUAAGAACAAGAUAGAAGAAAGAUCACAGACAGUCAAGUGCUCCUGCUUUCCCGGGCAGGUAGCAGGUACCACUCGAGCAGCUCCUUCUUGUGUUGAUGCUUCAAUAGUGGAACAAAAAUGGUGGUGUCACAUGCAGCCAUGUCUUGAAGGGGAAGAAUGCAAAGUUCUUCCAGAUCGAAAAGGAUGGAGUUGUUCUUCUGGCAAUAAAGUGAAAACAACAAGGGCAAACGUGUAAAACCCUUCAAGAACAAGGAGAUUUCUGCUGUGCCUGGUGACAAUUUUUGAUUAUUCCACACACACACAGUAUUCUGGCUCCACGUUUGGGGCAAUAGUUGUGAUGAAUCCUAGUCUUGGUCGGAUUCUCAGGAAGGGCCAGAAGGUUCGUUGAGGAGUAAAGAAUCAAAACCAUUCCUGAAAGAUGUUCCAGCCUUGGUUUAUUACUCACAGAGCAGCAGGUAACUCGAUAGCAAAAGGCAAAUCAAAUCACACUCAAGACUGAUAACAUUAAAUUCAGCCAAGUAGGAAGUUUUAAUAUCCAACUGUAAUCCUUAAGGUCAGGCUUGAGACUGCUGGGGCAUACUAAUUAUUUCAAAGAGAACAUGCACUGUAAUCAACAGCCACUUGAGGUAAAAAGUCCUGGAAAGUCAGACAAACCAGAUUUCAGUGGACUGAACUGUGUACAUUUGUAAAAAUAGCAAAAACUUGAAGGAAUAUAUGGCUGAAGAAGUGAUGCUAAAAGGACACCGAAGAAAUAGCAAUCUAUUGGAUCCUUGUGUUGAGAUCGGUGACAUUUCAUCUUGAUGAAAGCAGUGUAUUUUGAAGUGUACUGACCCAUUUCCUCUGAAACUUCUGGUACUCCAUCUAAAUUACUGGUGGGACUGUGCACUGCUGUAAUCAAAUCACUGUUCCAGAAAUUGUCUUCUGACACAGCACAAUUUUAGACACUUUUAAUUUGUAUUCUAAUCCUAAAGCUCCAAGGCUACAUAUUUCAACAUGUUGACGUUGCUUUUGUUAUAGGAAUGGAAAUGUAUAUCCAUUGUUAAUCAUUAUUGUUGACAAGUAGUAGUUAUCUGAAUACGUCAUUCAUAUACUAAUGUAUCAUUAGUCAGACAUGUUUUCCUAAGAUUAACCAGCUACUGCAACUCCUUUCAGAUAAAUAAAAGGUGGUCAAAAAGGAACACCCCCCCAUAAUAUGCAAUUAAAAUUUCAGUUUCAUAUAAUUUCAAGAAGAUGGGUACAUCUUAUGUACCCUUUGAUUUAUUAUUAUUAGGUCCUUAAAAAAGAUCAUAGUAAACAAUAAAUAACACUAUCUAGUCCUUUUAUGAAGGUAGACAGGGAUGCAUGUUAAUUUUUCCAUUCUGAAAUUUAUUGGUAUUCAUGCAGAUAUGUCUUUCAGGUUUUUUUAAAAAUAAUUAUCUUUUGCUUGGAAAAUAUUACUAUCUGGAUGCUUAAGUAGAUAGAUAUCUGUUUCUUGACAUGACAAUUUUAUUUUUUUUUAAAUGUGGAACCACUGAUGAUUUCCUUGUCCGUUCCAGGUACUUUAGUUUCAUUCUGCAGUUAUUUUGUGAAAGCAGAAGUUCUUUUUCUAUCUUCUAUUUCAGUAUCUAUUUUUUAA